UACGUGAACAAACCGAUGGCCUGUGGUGAUCUAGAACCGGCACGCGCAACACAGACUCUGCGAUGCAUGGCUUAUUUUUCUCUUGUCUUUACUGAGAUGUUCACCAAAGGAGAGGCUGCGAACUGUAUAGAGGCUACACAGCGUGAUUGUUGUAUAAACCAGAAAACCUGUCAAUCAAACACGCGACCUCCGUACAGCCCCCGGUGAUCUGGAGAUGAGCAAUUCAUGCAUUUGCUUCUAGUGUCGUGUUACAAUUUACUUGCGCAGUUGCGCUUUGUGCGACAAGUCUCCUCUCAUAACUCAAAUCCUAUACCGCUUCAAGAUGGUCCUAGAAGUUGAUCAAGUUUUGGAGCAAAUUGGCCAAUUUGGGCCGUUUCAAAUUCGAAUCUUAGCCAUGUUUUUGUUCAUAUUUAUCCCGCUGACUUACCAAACUCUACUCAUGGUUUUCGUCGCUUACGAACCGCCCUGGAUGUGUACUACAAACAGCAGUGCGUGCUUGCUGUCGAAUUCAACCGGACGGGAAAUCUACAGCACCAGUACUCAGCCAAUAGAGCUGUACCACCGAAGAUGCAAACUCAACAGGACGGACUGGAAGUUUGCAGACCCAGAACUCUACGAAGGACCCGUGCAUACAAUUGUUACCCAAUUCGACCUCGUGUGCGACAACAGCUUUCAUGCAUGGCUCGCCAACUCCAUGCUCUUCUUUGGCUGGGCUUUAGGUGCUAUCAUCCUGGGGAUGAUCGCGGAUAAGUACGGUCGUCGUAGCGUCUUGUUUCCCUCUGCAGCCUGCGUCAUUGCCAUCACCUUCUCCAUGUCUUUCGCCCAGGCCUCGUGGGUCGUCAUAGCGUUGAGAUUCUUCUCUGGAUUCUUUCUCGGUGGAAGUAUUCUGACUAUGUUCGUGCUCGCCGCGGAACUGGUCGGGCCGGCCAAGAGGGCGUUGUCUUCUACUAUGGUGUGGUUCUAUUUCACGCUGGCGUUGAUGGUCUUGGGGCUGCAGGCGUAUUUCAUUAAGGAUUGGAAGCUGCUGUGUAUCAUAUCUACUGUGCCGUUUGUGUUUAUUUUUAUAUUUUGGAAGUUUAUCCCCGAGUCCGUCCGAUGGCUUCUAGUGGUCGGUCGCAAGGACCAGGCACGUGAAAUCCUGGAGCAAGUCGCUAAAGUCAACAAAAAAGAAAUGCCUAAGGAAGACCUCAGAGUCCCUGUGGUGAAACAUAACCGAGGAUUCCUGGAACUGUUUGGCACACCUAGGCUGGCUUUACUAACUCUGCUCCAGUGCUACGCGUGGUUGGUGAAUGGCCUCGUGUAUUACGCUGUGUCUAUGAGUGCUGGGGACUUCGGUGGAAGUAUCUACCUUAAUUUCGUGCUUACCAGUAUUGUCGAGUUCCCAGCAAACAUUCUGGUGAUUGACAACUGUAACAGGUUCGGUCGUAAGCAUACUGUGGUCUGGUACACUGUCGUGGGCGCCAUCUCGUGUCUAGUGGUGUCCUUCAUACCUUCUGGCACGGACAAUAUAGGUUACAUAGCAGGGCGCGUCGCUGCAGGAACCCUGGGUAAACUGUGUAUCACUACCUCGUUCAACAGCCUUUACGUGUUCUCCGCGGAACUCUUCCCUACAAUGAUCAGGAAUAGCGGGAUGGGUCUCCUGUCCGUCAUUAGUCGUGUCGGGGCGGCCCUUGCUCCGUUCGUGGUCCAACUCACCCGGAUAAACGCUAUUCUCCCGUUCGCUUUGAUGAGUGGCCUUACUUUUCUUGCCGCGCUUGCGUGCUGGUUCCUACCGGAAACGCGAGGCAAACCCACGCUAGAGGUCAUGGGAGAUGAUGAUCCGCAACACCUCGAGCAAGUUAAAAUGGAAUCUAUCAAAGAGAAUGCCGCUGACAAUAAUCCUUAGCUUGACGUAGUACGGGAUACAUGUGUGAGGCGUGGCGUGAAGCGUAUAUUAACCCCAGAAAUGUGUUCAGAAAUAUUUUAUCGAUUUACAUGAUUCUUGAACAAGUAAUAAUUGCUUGCACAAACUGGUGAAAAGUAUAUUUGUCUCUAAACUUGUUAAAUUGAGUUAGAUAACAUAAAUAAUGCAAUAAAAAUUGCCACCAUAGCAGUCAGCUUUGCUAUAUCUUUAUCAUAACUAUUACUAAUGUUAUUAUCUGGAUAGACAUUAUCAUCAGCAUCAUAAGCAUCAUCAUCAUCAUAAACAUUAUCAACAUCAACAUUAUGUACAUCAUGGGUACUCCGCUCUUCGCCGUACAUUUUCCUAAUCCAAACAAUGAAAGCCAAAGUAAUUACAACUAUUGCAACAACAGCUAGCAAUGUAGCUAUAACAGAAAUAGCGGUCACGAAAACACACAUCACAUUCAAAGCAAUUAGAACGAUCGGCAAAACAAAAGCAAUCAGAAUCAAAACCCCUAUAGACAACAAUGAUACCACAAACAGUAUAACCACUAUGAAUAUAGGUAUCACCAAUAUCAUUACCAUAUAAACGGUAAUAGUAGAUAUUAGAGUCACAAUAGUGACUAUUAUAUAGACUAGGAAGAUUAAUAUGAACACUAUCACUGCUAAGAUAAGUAGGAUAAAAGAAAGUUUGAGAACAGCUGAUGUAAUCGAUCCAUAAAUCACAGUUUUUAACAAAAACAAAUAUAAAGUGCCUACUAAAAACAUUUUGUUAGAAAAUAUUCUAGGAUAUUCCUAUUCUAUUAUAUUCUAUAAAACGUUACAAUCUUUUUCUCUUUGUGACGUCCAAUAUACCGUAUUUGAAAAUGUUAAAUAGUAUUUUUUAUAACUUUGAUCUAUUUAUGAUUAAAGUGCAGUAUCUUCC